AUGCUAUUCUUCAAAGCCUAUCUCAUAUACGCCAACGCAAGAGGUGUAGGUGCCUUGAAUCUUCAACAUUAUAUGCACUGGUGUCGGCAGUGUUCAAUGCAUGCCACAUCCAGCAACGCUAGACAAGAUGAAGAAAUUGACGACCAAUCAACUUUGCCCUCACGCGGUAAACAAAUGGCCUUGUUACCCUAUACUACUUGUGUUGAUGAUCAAUAUUCACAUCAUCAUCAUCAACAUCAUCAUCAUCAUGACUUUUAUAUCUCUAAGUAUUACAAUGGUGUUCGUUGGCAAGGAAAGGAUUCCAAGUUAUGUGAUGGUUGCAAAUUGACUGAUUACAAUUGUCAAUGCUCCAAGGCUCAAUUGGCGGACAAAGAGAAUGAUUCAACUCUGAAAGUGUCUCAAUUGGCAGAUGAUAUGAAUGAAACUCUAAAAGUAUUCAUAUCACUUGAAAAUACUUCACCCUCUCCAACUAUGCUAUUGGAAUCCCUUUUCUCUUUAAGCAAAAAGACUGUCAAGGAGUUGAUAGAGUUUUGCAAUCUAAACUCUAUCAAAUACUAUCAACAAGAAGAGCCAACCAAAGGGAAAAACAAAAGAGGUUCUCACAAGGAUAGUAAGGGUGGUGCUACCAACAGCAAAAAGGACCAACUUAUCAACGCUAUCAUCAAGUUUAAUUUUGAAAAACAAAAAAGGGAUGCUAGCAAAAAUAAGAAAAAGAGGUCAAAAUCGUCAUCAACUACUAAUGAUCGUUGUAAGGACCAAGAUCAAAGCAAUAGUCAAAAGGAUGGGAACAAGUCUACAAGCAACUCUGUUUCGACCCACGAUUAUGGUUUUGGUAAGUCUCUUUGUGAUAGUCAGAUCAAAGAUCUCUGGAAGUCAAAGAACCCAAAUGCGACAGAAAUGCCAUUUAAAACUAAAUGGCAAUGGCUAUAUUGUCCAGUUUGUGAUCAUUUCUUCAACAGAGACUCGAGCGCUGCAAAGAAUAUUCUCUUAUUGGGAAUCUUACACCAAACCGCAGAUUACAGGCCAUGGAUUUAUCGUCCUUUACCUGCCGAUAUCGUGCAUAUUGGGAGGGUAGACACGACCUAG